AUGGGGGCAUGCCACCGAAGCGGAAUCCACAAGGUGGCAUGUGGUUUGCCGAGCUUGGUUCGGUCGAUAGCGCUCGUUGCUGUAGCUGCAGCAGCAACAGCAGUAGUAACUGGAGCUGCAGAGAUGACCAGUGUGGCUUCAAGCGGGGCAGCCGCACAAUCGAUUGUCAUGCCUCAGAAUGGAGAUGUGCGUCUCCACCGCUCCACCCCAUUGGAUUUAGUUGCGAGACAGCCUUUGGACGGUUUCGAGCCCUCGGCGAUCAGAAGGUUACAAAGGCAGAGGCGAAGAAGUCAGAACGUGGCUGUUAGCGCUGGUUUAGUGGCGGUUGUGUGUUUAGCAGUGGCGUUUGCCGUGUUUCAAUGUGCGCGGAAGGCUCUGCUCCCCAGGUUGUUUGGAUCGCCGGGUAAACGGGCUCUCUCCGAUUCUGAUUCUGACGAGCAUUCGGUAGACGUGUGCAUUGAAGAGGAGAUCGAUGAGAGUGAUGGGAGUUCGGGGGGUGCAGAGGCAAGACCUACUGAGGUAGCAGGGGAAGCAACGGCUCUGGAGGCAUUAGAAGAGUUGAGAUCCCUCAUAACUCUUGGCGUACAAACAGCGCCCCAUGUACCUGCUGAGUCUAGAGGCGUUCUGGUUGUCUUGUUGUUGACAGUUUGCACACAGGAGUUGGCUUUGUAUGGGGUUUACUCAACACCACAAAUUGAGGUGGAGCGGCAGAGGGCGAUUGAUUUCGUCUUGCAGGAGGGAGCUCAUGCUUUGGCACAACUAGACACCCUUCAGGCCUAUUUUACAGUAAGACGAGGGAGGGAUAUGCUAGAACUCCUGCAACGAUUUAGGGAGGCCCCAGCGAAUGCGGACUCUGGCGGGCUGGCUGUGGAGGCAACAAUCUCCGAGUAUAGAAUUAAACAGUGUAGCUAUGCCCUACAGCAGCUGCAGCCGUGGGUGCAAAGGUUCACUUCGAUCCCUAUGCAAGUAGUCCGUGCAGCGCUCAAACUUGUUUCGUGUGUGCGACACUCUGGCAAGCGAAGACUAAAGCAGGACAAGGGUGCGAGUGCCUGGGUGGAGACUGUGCAAGCAGCGCAUGGUUUCUUUGGGAUUGCCGAACCAGCCUACAGGCGAAAGUUCUGUCGGCCCCCCAAGACAUUAGCAGAGGAGAUGGGCGAAGGUUCUCGGCGUUACCAUCAAUUUCGAACUCAGCUUGACAGCAGCGUGCAGCUCGCUUUCGCCCUUCAACAACCGGGCCAGCGCAUGCUCGAACAGCCGCAGAAACGGGAACAGCAGCAACUGCAGGAGCUAGAACCGCCCCAACAACAGCAUCCUGAGAUACCUGGGGAGGGCGUAACGCCUUCGCACCCUUCCAGGCCCCCUUCUGGUGCUCGUCGACGAUCGUCGUCAGCAACAACGUCUUCUGUGCUCAGACCACCAACGCUCCAAUCAACUCAGUCUCCUCGUGCGGAUUCGCACCGACAUAUUCCCACUGCCCAUCCUGAGCGUUUGGAGCAUCCUCCUUCUUGGUCCGCUCCAAGACGGAAGAAGACACUGCAAGAGACGAAUGAGCAACAACAACCCUCACCUGCUUCUUCUACGCUAGAUUCUGGUCUUCGAGCAGCAAUCGCCCCUCCCUUCUGCUCCCCCUUCUGGUGCUCGUCGACGAUCGUCUUCUGCAACAACUUCCUCUUUGCUGAGACCACCACAUCUCCAAUCAACUCAGCCUCCUCGUACAGACACGCACCAACAUACUCCCACUGCUCAUCCUGA